CGCACUCCAACCACCUCCACCUCCGGCCGCGAUGCAGACCACGACUCCCACUCCUCCCGCAAGGCAUGCCCCCGCCAUCCACCCCGACUUCGUAUCGAUACCGUGGGCGUACGCGCUGCUCACCUCGCCGACGACAUCGGUCUUUACCGGCCGCGAUAUCCAGCAAUCUAAGCCCGGACCGGGGCGCGAAGACUCGCUCACAGCCGUGACGCUGCAGACGAGCGAGACAAUCCGUGCGCUGGCGAGCGUGCGCGUUGGGUCAAGCGACGUGACGUGCCUGCUCGUCUCGCUCGGCACCGGUAUGAACGGCCACGGCGGGAUCCUGCACGGCGGCAUCGUCAGCACGCUGCUGGAUAUGGCGACGGGCUCGGCGGUCGUUGCGCUCGCUUUCACGGCGUACCUAAACGUUACGUUCCGUAAGCCUGUGCCUACACCGAGUGUGGUAUUGUGUCGCGGAUGGUUGGUUAGGAGGGAGGGGAGGAAGUUGUUUAUCCGUGGGACUGUCGAGGACGGCGAAGGUGGUGUCUAUGCAGAGGCGGAUAGUCUGUUCGUUGAGGUGCGGGAAAAGGCGAAGCUGUAGAGCUGGGUGGGGGCCCUGUCUUUCUGGGAUGUAGUGCUAGCCCAGCGCAUGUGCAUAGUAUACAUAGUAGUCGUCCGCGGGUGUUAUAGAGGUUUAAUAGAAUUCGUUGAUCGUUUUGCUACUCGUUU